AUGCCCGACAUAAAAAUUACUCCGCUAGGAGCUGGUCAGGACGUUGGACGCAGUUGUAUACUGCUGUCUAUGGGUGGUAAAAAUAUUAUGUUAGACUGUGGAAUGCACAUGGGAUACAAUGAUGAACGGCGAUUUCCUGAUUUUUCCUAUAUCGUACCAGAGGGUCCAAUCACCAGCCAGAUAGAUUGCGUUAUUAUAUCCCACUUCCAUCUUGACCACUGUGGGGCACUGCCCUAUAUGUCUGAAAUGGUUGGUUAUACUGGGCCAAUUUAUAUGACCCAUCCAACCAAGGCCAUAGCGCCCAUAUUGUUAGAGGACAUGAGAAAAGUCAUUGUGGAAAGAAAAGGAGAGUCAAACUUCUUCACAUCACAAAUGAUAAAGGAUUGUAUAAAAAAAGUGACUGCAGUAACUCUCCAUCAGUCUGUGAUGGUAGAUAAUGAGUUGGAGAUCAAGGCCUAUUAUGCUGGACAUGUCUUAGGUGCAGCUAUGUUUUGGAUAAGAGUGGGAAAUCAGUCAGUUGUGUAUACCGGUGAUUACAAUAUGACUCCAGAUAGACAUUUAGGAGCAGCUUGGAUAGACAAAUGCAGGCCAGAUUUAAUGAUAACAGAGUCUACGUACGCUACAACCAUUCGUGACUCAAAACGUUGCCGUGAAAGAGAUUUUCUAAAAAAGGUACAUGAAUGUGUAGAAAAAGGUGGAAAAGUGCUUAUUCCUGUGUUUGCACUAGGUAGAGCUCAAGAAUUAUGUAUUCUGUUGGAAACAUACUGGGAGAGAAUGAAUUUGAAGAUUCCUGUCUACUUUGCAUUAGGUUUGACUGAAAAGGCUAAUAACUAUUAUAAAAUGUUUAUAACAUGGACUAAUCAAAAGAUAAGAAAGACUUUUGUACAAAGAAACAUGUUUGAUUUUAAGCACAUCAAACCUUUUGAUAAAUCUUAUAUUGAUAACCCCGGAGCGAUGGUAGUUUUUGCUACUCCAGGUAUGCUGCAUGCGGGUCUAUCAUUAAAUAUAUUCAAAAAGUGGGCUCCAUUUGAACAGAAUAUGUUGAUAAUGCCUGGAUUUUGUGUACAAGGUACAGUUGGCCAUAAAAUACUAAACGGUGCUAAGAAAGUAGAAUUUGAAAACCGUCAAGUUGUAGAGGUUAAAAUGGCUGUGGAAUAUAUGUCAUUUUCAGCUCAUGCAGAUGCCAAAGGUAUUAUGCAAUUGAUACAAUACUGUGAACCUAAGAAUGUGCUAUUAGUGCAUGGAGAGGCUCAGAAAAUGGAAUUUCUGAAGGAUAAAAUUGAAAAGGAAUUCAAAAUCAGUUGCUAUAUGCCUGCGAAUGGUGAAACUUGCACAAUCACUACUCCGACAAAGAUACCAAUUGAUGUUUCUUUACGAUUACUUAAAGCUGAAGCUGUUAGGUAUAAUGCACAGCCACCGGAUCCAAAGAGACGUAGAAUUGUUCAUGGUAUCCUAUGUGUCAAAGAUAACAGACUCUCAUUCCUUGAUAUUGAUGAAGUUUGUGAUGAGAUUGGUAUAAAUAGGCAUGUUAUUCGUUUUACAAGUACAGUCCGUUUUGAAGAUAGUGGGCCUGCCAUUAAAACUGCAGAGAAGUUGAAGACACUUUUAGAAGAAAAAUUACAAGGGUGGUGCAUUACUAUAUCAGAUGGCAAUAUAUCUGUAGAAUCGGUCCUUAUAAAGGUAGAGGGUGAUAAUGACAAUACCAAAAAUAUAUAUGUGUCAUGGACUAAUCAAGAUGAAGACUUAGGGAGUUAUAUUUUAGGAUUACUUCAAUCAAUGGUACAGUGA